CCAGCAUUUCAUCUAUCCUCUCUCAACUCGGCCGCUUGUGCUUGACCACACUUUGGGUCUUUCAAUCUUCGACUGAUAUUCGGAUCCUUUCCUGUCGUUUUGUUCUGCGUGUUAUCUCGUCGCUUGUCUAGCAAUACAUCGCUCACUGGCAUCGCGUGCCCUGCUGUGUUCCAACCCAGCCGAGUCGACCUACUGACGUCCAACCUUGCUUUUCUCGCGUAAUCUACACGCUCAAGAGCGUGGACGCGCACUGCGAGUCCUCACGCAUUUCGCUACAUCCACCUUCACGAUACAUCUACACAAUGAUUUCUCCUUCGAGGAAUCGAGACCUACCACUGUCGUCGAUAGAGGCGGCAGACGCGGUCCCAGCGCCGCGUCCAACUUUGCUGCCAGCUUUUGAGCCGUUCCUCUCUUCACCAGCUCUACCACGGCCACCGAAGCGUAAGUUCGUGGACACGUCCGAUGCAGAGCUACGCAAGUCAUACCCAACGCCAAUUCCCACAUCGUCGACGGGAAUAUUACCUUCAUCACCACCAGCGCGUCGGACGCGUCCGUGCUUACAGCGUGCCUACUCCACGCUCUCGGAACGUGCUCCACUCGGCGACGUCCCUACCCUCGAGGUGCAAUCCAGUGGCGAGUCACUCUUGAUGGGUCGAUCCAGCAAUUCCUCCAACUACCAAUUGUCCUCUCAUCGCAACAUCUCGCGUGUGCACGUGCGUGCAUGCUACAUCAGCCCCAACGAUGCCUACCCUAGGGGUGCCCUCGAGGUGGAGUGUCUGGGUUGGAAUGGAAUCAAGGUGCACUGCCGUGAGAGGUUGAUCGAGUUGGCCAAGGGCGAGAUAUACGUUUCGGAUAAAUUCGACCAGCCUCUGUUGUUGGACGUGCAAGAUACGCGUGUUAUGCUCAAAUGGCCUGGGGACAUUCAGCGUGAGACCCUCUUGACUGAACUCGAGCCGUCACGUCUGUCCGAAUCUCCCAGCAAGACAAACGUGCCGUUUGGUUCGAGUCCACCGGCACUCUUGGCUGACAGGCUCGUCUCACCCAUUUCGCCCAUCCGUGCUUUGGACUUUGGUCAAACCUUUGAGGCUACCUUCCAUGACGAAGAAGAGGAUGAUGGCGUGGUCAAGGUGUAUGAAGACGAAGUAUCUGAUGGCGACGCACCUCAUGAUCCGACACCAGUACCUGGUACACCUACUCCAGCAUCCAAACCACUUCCACCAUCACCAGUUGCAAAUCCGCUCAAGCGAUCUCAUGAUACCCUUUCGUCGGAGCUUGGGGAAAUUUCUGAGCAUGACGAAGAGAACGACCCGGUCAUCCUCUCCUUCUACGAUGCUGAUAAUGUCAUGUCGCGAUUUCAAUCCUUCCAACACGGUUCGCCUCAGCGUCCACGAAAACCGCUGAAGGCUUCCAUGAACUCUCCUGGGCACAGCUUCCGCCACGAAGUCAUGAGCUGGAGUCCAGUCAAGAACCACGUAAUCAACCAGCUUGCGUUUUCACGGAUCCACUCACUGCCGCUGUCAACCAUUCACAGCAACCUACCGGCAGAGCUUCGAGGUGCUAUGGCAAAGCCAUCUGACCACGAAAACCGCCGGAUCCUGACGACAUCUGAGCUUAAGAGCAUACUGGAUGAGACGCCCUGCGUGGGCGAGAUCAGCCGAGAGGGCAAAGAUGCCGCCGGCAAGCUGCUCGAGAGUGAAUUUUACUACGUCCCAGAGAUGGACACCGAUGUCAACCGUCGUGACACCGUCACAUUGAGUUUGGGCAAGACCAGUAUUCGCGCCGCUCGCAAGCAACACAAGCAAUACUACUGGAAGAAGCCCCGCCAUUAAACACGUUUUUGUCUUUGCUGUUUUCAAAAAUGCCUAUCUGCUUACAUCCUUGCCGACUCCAUCCACGAUACGCAAUCAUCGCGUCAGCACAUUGCUUCAUUCACCUGUUUGCGCACUUUUGCAUUUCUUGAUGCUAGCGUUGGCUGCUAACCUAAAUCACGAUUGUCUGGGUCUACGACGGCGAGUACAGAGAUUGCGUGGAGGAGCGUCACGGAAACGCUCCUACGAUCAUCAUCAUUGAGACGUGUGGGUGCACGUGCGUACAUAACGGUCGUGCAUGAAGCCUCGGAUCUGUUGUCAUUGGUUUUUGUUCCGUUUUUGAAAGACUUUAGCGUUCGAGCGUGCAAUUGUCCGCUAUCAUCAGCGUCAUCAGCAGACACCUGCAAUGAAGGAGAAGAAUGUCAAAAUAGCCAGUUGAUUGGGUUUCGCAGAUUGGACAAC